CAACUGUUUUCGUGGUCAUUUUCUUCCCACGAUAUCUGGGCGAUGAUUAAUAAUGCUUACGAGGCUGUGAAGCAUUUAUUUCUUUUAGCACUUUGAACUCGUAUUUAUAAUCAUAGACGUCAUUUCAACCUGCGUUUAUUGUGAUUUGUGGUCAGAACUGGUAGAUAGGGAUACUUGUCUUUCUUACUACCCAUAGAAACCUUGACGUUUCAUUCCAACACAUUUUUCAUCUGUGAACUGACGUGUUCUUGGAACAGCUGUGAUAAGUGAGUGAUAUCAAGGGUUAGAGGUUAGGAUUGUGUUUUGUUUUCAAGGUUUUAUGAAGUCUAUUUUCAUAAAUUUUGUGAUUGUACUUGGUGAGACACAAUUUUUAUCAAUCAAUCAUGAUUAGGCACGUGCUAAAAUUAGUCAUAGUGUAAUUACAUAGCGCAAAACACGCCUACACAAUAACUUUAUUCUGCAAGUAAAAAGUCUAGAACUCUUCUAUGCAGAUUUGUUAUAAGGUCAGCCUUGCGAAUUGGCAUUUGAGCACAUCAAUAGGAAUAGUAUAGUUGAAAUAAAAUGAUGUCAUCACCAAAUAUAUGCUCAUAAAUCUAUAUCUAUAACACUUGUAAGAAAUGGAGAAGUUAGGAAGGCUUCUUCUUGAUAAAUUUGCAACAUAUUUCCUGGAUGAUUUGGAUAAUACACAACUAAAACUAGCCUGGAGUGGAGCUGCUGAACUAACCAAUGUUGUGAUCAAACCAUCCAUUUUGGAGGACUUGAAUCUACCUGUUCAAGUUAUACAUGGUUCUAUAGGGAAACUUGCAUUGAAAAUACCAUGGCAUUCAAUUUAUACAUCACCAACUACAGUGCUGAUAGAGAAUGUGUAUCUGGUGGUUGCACCCAAUCAACAGGUGGCAUACGACCCUGUUAAAGCAGAAAAAUUGAUGCUACAGGUAAAGCAGGCUGAAUUAAGGAAGAUUGAAGAAGCUGAGAAAAUGGAGGAAGAAAAAGACCAGCCUCAGCAAGACCCUAAUCUUGCGCAACGGUUUUUGUUUGCAAUGAUAAGAAACAUACAGUUGACUAUCAAGAAUGUCCAUAUUCGAUAUGAAGGACAAAGUUACCAGCCCAUCUUCCCCGUUCUCUUUUGGCUUUACUCUGGGCAAUUUGCUAGUGGAAAGUACCGAUCAGAAUUGGAAAGUUUGUUUCAUCGAUUCAAAGGAUCUUAAAGAACCUGUCUCUAGAUUUUAUAAGACUACACAAUUGGAUAGCUUAGCUAUGUACUGGAAUAGCCACUCUGAGACAUAUAGCCAUUUGCCAAUGGCUGAAAUGCAUAAGCAUCUGAGUAAAAUUGCUAAACAAACUCGAAGCCUGACAACUACAGAUACAUUUUGGGCCCUAUGA